AAUUAUUAUUCAACAUUUAAAAAACCAUCAAAAUCCACCGAUUCAUUCAUUCACGCUCUCUCUCUCUCUCUCUCUCUCUCUCUGCAUCGAAGACUUUCUGUCUCUAAAAGAAUCGAUCGUCGCAAUAGGUAGUUCGGCAUUCGAAGAUCUUCAGAGGCUGGUCAUUACGUUAACCCAGUCUGAUUCUCAGUGAUUCGGAUCGAUUCAGGAGAAGUUUAGGAGUCGAGAAGUACAAUAAAGCUAUGGAUUCCACGCAGAGGAGAGUUGGAAUGGUAUCAAUAUCGCCGUCGCAGACGCCACGGUCGAGCGAUAAGGCGGUGCGAGAAAUAAGAUCUGGGGAUUCGAAUUCCAGCUCCAAAAUUGAAAAAGAAAAGGGUGUGAAUGUGCAGGUUCUUGUGCGUUGCAGGCCAUUGAGUGAGGAUGAGUUGAGAGUGCAUACACCGGUGGUGAUUUCUUGUAAUGAGAGUAGAAGGGAAGUUUCGGCGGUUCAGAAUAUAGCCAACAAGCAGAUUGAUAGAUCGUUCUUCUUCGACAAGGUCUUUGGUCCAACGUCCCAACAGAAGGAAUUGUAUGAUCAGGCUGUGUCUCCUAUUGUGAAUGAAGUACUUGAGGGCUACAACUGUACCAUCUUUGCCUAUGGUCAGACAGGAACAGGGAAAACAUAUACAAUGGAAGGAGGAGCGCGAAAAAAGAAUGGGGAAUUUCCUAGUGAUGCAGGUGUGAUCCCAAGAGCUGUUAAGCAGACUUUUGAUAUACUAGAAGCUCAGAAUGCUGAAUAUAGCAUGAAAGUUACCUUUUUAGAACUGUACAAUGAGGAGAUUACAGAUCUUCUGGCCCUGGAAGAGAGUUCUAAAUACAUGGAUGACAAAUCUAAGAAACCCAUAGCUCUCAUGGAGGAUGGAAAGGGGGGUGUAUUUGUGAGAGGUUUGGAAGAAGAGAUAGUAUGUACUGCAAAUGAAAUUUACAAAAUCUUGGAGAAAGGUUCUGCGAAAAGACGUACGGCUGAAACUCUUCUUAACAAACAAAGCAGUCGUUCUCACUCAAUAUUUUCUAUCACAAUUCACAUUAAGGAGUGCACACCAGAGGGGGAAGAGAUGAUCAAAUGUGGGAAGCUGAACCUUGUUGACCUUGCAGGUUCUGAGAAUAUUUCACGCUCUGGUGCCCGAGAGGGCCGAGCAAGGGAAGCUGGGGAGAUCAAUAAGAGCUUGCUUACCCUGGGUCGUGUUAUCAAUGCACUAGUUGAGCACUCUGGUCACGUUCCAUAUAGGGAUAGCAAACUGACAAGGUUAUUGAGGGACUCUCUAGGAGGAAAAACAAAGACAUGCAUUAUCGCUACAAUUUCACCUUCCAUUCAUUGUCUGGAAGAGACACUCAGCACCCUAGAUUAUGCACACCGAGCCAAAAAUAUCAAAAAUAAACCCGAGAUCAAUCAGAAGAUGAUGAAAUCUGCAUUGAUUAAGGAUUUGUACUUUGAAAUCGACCGGCUUAAGCAAGAGGUUUAUGCUGCAAGAGAAAAGAAUGGGAUCUACAUACCACGAGACCGUUAUCUUCAUGAGGAAUCAGAGAAGAAGGCAAUGGCUGAAAAAAUGGAGCGCAUGGAACUUGAUUUGGAAUCUAAGGACAAGCAACUCAUGGAGCUUCAAGAACUUCACAAUUCUCAGCAACUUUUGACAGCUGAACUAAGUGAUAAACUUGAAAAAACUGAGAAAAAGCUUGAGGAAACUGAGCAUGUAUUAUUUGAUCUCGAGGAAAAACACAGACAGGCAAAUGCAACAAUUAAAGAAAAGGAAUUUCUCAUAUCUAAUCUCCUCAAAUCUGAAAAGUCACUUGUUGAGCGAGCAUUUGAGCUUCGAGCAGAGCUAGAAAAUGCUGCAUCAGAUGUGUCCAGUUUAUUUGCUAAAAUUGAGCGCAAGGAUAAAAUUGAAGAUGGAAAUAGAAUACUUAUUCAGAAAUUCCAGUCACAAUUAACUCAACAGCUUGAAAUCUUGCACAAGACUGUGGCAGCUUCUGUGACUCAACAAGAGCAACAACUGAAAGACAUGGAGGAAGAUAUGCAGUCCUUUGUAUCAACAAAAGCAGAGGCCACAGAAGAACUUCGAGGAAGGCUGGGAAAGUUGAAAACCAUGUAUGGUUCUGGUGUUAAAGCUUUGGAUGAUAUAACCGGGAAGCUCGAAGAAAAUUCUCAGUCAACUUUUGGUGACCUGAAUUCUGAAGUUUCUAAGCACUCAUCCGCCCUUGAGGAUCUCUUCAAAGGAAUCGCUUCAGAAGCUGAUGCACUACUCAAUGAUCUUCAAAGUAGUCUUCACACGCAAGAAGAGAAGCUAUGUGCUUAUGCACAACAACAGCGUGAGGCACAUGCGAGGGCAGUGGAAACUGCAAGGUCAGUUUCUAAUAUAACAGUCAGCUUCUUCAAGACUCUAGACAUGCAUGCGUCCAAACUGACCCAAAUUGUGGAAGAAGCACAAACAGUCAAUGAUCAGAAAUUAUCUGAACUUGAAGAGAAGUUUGAGGAGUGUGCUGCUAAUGAAGAAAGGCAAUUGUUAGAAAAAGUUGCAGAGCUGCUUGCAAGUUCAAAUGCCAGGAAGAAAAAAUUGGUCCAAAUGGCAGUAAAUGAUCUCCGGGAGAGCGCAACCAGCAGAACCACCAAACUGCAACAGGAAAUGUCAACGAUGAAAGAUUCCACUUCUUCUGUUAAAGCCAAAUGGACCGUUCACAUGGAAAAAACAGAAUCCCAAUAUGUUGAGGAUACUUCUGCUGUGGAAUGUGGAAAGAAAGACCUAGAAGAAGCUCUUCAGAAUUGUUUAAGGAAGGCAAAUUUGGGUACGGAACAAUGGAAGAAUGCUCACGAAUCCUUGCUCAAUCUAGAGAAGAGCAAUGUUUCUUCUGUGGAUUCAAUUGUUAGGAGAGGAAUGGAAGCCAAUCAAGACCUACGUGCUCAAUUUUCUUCUGCCAUGUCAGCUGCACUCGGAGACGUAGAAAGUGCUAACAAGGAUCUGCUUUCAUCCAUUGACCAUUCACUGCACCUUGACCACGAAGCAUGCGGGAAUCUCAAUUCUAUGAUAGUUCCUUGUUGCGGGGAUUUGAGGGAAUUAAAGGGAGGUCAUUACCACAAGAUCGUAGAGAUAACUGAAAAUGCAGGGAAAUGUCUUCUUUAUGAGUACACGGUGGACGAACCGUCUUGUUCAACACCGAGAAAGAGGUCAUUUAAUCUACAUAGCAUUGCAUCCAUUGAAGAACUCAGAACCCCUGCUUUUGAGGAAUUAUUGAAGGCAUUUUGGGAUGCAAAAUCUUCAAAGCUAGCAAAUGGAGAUUUAAAACAAAUUAUUGCUGGGGUAUAUGAGGCUGCUCAGUCCGUAAGAGACUCCAGAGUUCCUCUCACUGCUAUUAACUAAGGAGAGAGAAACAAAAAGUUUAGUGGUAAGAAGAAAUUGUGUACAUAACAUAUGGGGGGAAAAAAGUGAAGAAAUGAAAAAUCAUUAUGGAGGCAGGAAUAUAUAGUAGAAUUUUUUUAUUUUUUUUUUCCUAAUUUUUUGUUGUUUGGGUGGUGGGGGCAGGGGAUGAUUCAGUUCAUUGAAUUUCCCUGGCUUAUAUAACAACUGCAUUUCUGAGGAUUUUUGGAGUGUUUGUUGUAUUCGAGGUUAAAAGUGUUCAAUAAUUUCUUCUUGACUGCUAUAUGAGGGCCCGUUGUAAAA